AUGUUGUACGAGUCCGAGGCGUCGAAAACAGCUCUAUCCAUGACGGAUCCGGUUGGAGCAGCAAUGUACUUGACACCAGAUCUAGCAGCUCUGUGGACGUUGUCUGGGAAUGGGAAGAAAGCGUCGGACGACAAAGACACGUCUGUCAGCUUGUCCAGCCACUCUUGCUUCUCCUCAGCAGUGAGCGGAGUUGGGAUCUCGGCAAACUUGGAUUCGUACUCGCUCUUCUCUGGCUCGGAGGUUGGGAUCUGGCCAGUCACCAAGACGGGUGCAGUGGAUUCUGGACUGCUGUCCGGCACCCAGACCGAUCACCAUACCGUUCUUGGCGUAGCAGACAGAGUUGGAUUGGGUGUAUUUCAAAGCGAUGGUAGCCACAGUCAAAUCGAUGGAAGCCUGCUCGGUCAAGUCGGUGUUCUUGGAAACGAACUCCUUGAAAGACGAAGAGUUGAUGAUGGCGUCGUUUCUCUUUUGCUGCAAAGUGAUUCCGUAAACCUGUCUGGACUCUGUCGACUUUGGUGUGUAAUUAGGAUCGAUUUGCAAAACACAGUACUUUCCACCCUUCUUUUUCUUGAGAAUCUCAAGGGCGGCUGGCUCGUAGCCUGGAGCAAUCACACCGUCACUGACUUCUUUGGAGAUGAUCGAGGCGGUUGGCACAUCGACAAUGUUGGAAAGAGCAAUAAAGUCACCGAAAGACGACAUUCUGUCGGCACCUCUGGCUCUGGCGUAGGCAUUGGCCAAUGGGGAAAGGUUUUCGAUGUCGUUGACAAAGGCAUCGAGCAAGUUGAUGUAACCUGGAGAUCCGCUCAACACCUUGAAAGGAAGCUCACCAUCAGAGACAUAAGCCUGAGCUGGCUUUUGGUGAGGAUUAGCACCGUAUCUCAAUGGGAGCUGAGAGACACCCUCAGAGUACUUCUUUCUGAAGAAGUCGGAGAUGGCACUGUCGUAGUCUGCGGUGUGUUCAAAAGCCUUCAAAGCGAAGAUCUGUCUGGCCUCGUUGGAAACGUCACCUUUAGCGGCCAGUUCCUCCAAGAAAUGAGAGUAGUCCUUAGGAUCGGACAAGAUGGUCACUCUGGAGUGGUUCUUGGCGGCAGCUCUGAGCAAGGUGACACCACCAAUGUCAAUUUCUUCGACAGCCUCUUCGAUGGUGACAUUGAUUUUAGCAACCGUCUGCUUGAAUGGGUACAAGUUGCAAACAACAAAGUCGACCUUUUCGAUGUUCUGCUGGGCGAGAUCGUGUUCAUCGGACUCGAUGUUUCUUGCCAGAAUACCACCGUGAACGGCUGGGUGCAAAGUCUUGACACGGCCGCCCAACAUUUCUGGAGCGUGGGUGAUGGUGGAAACAUCUUCCACAGGGAACCCAGAUUCCCUCAAAAGUCUGGCUGUUCCGCCAGAGGCAAGCAGCCGAACGUCUGCGGCAACAAGUCCCUUGGCAAGAUCCAAGAGACCUGUCUUGUCAGACAAGGUGUUGUGUUGCUUCCAAGUGUGUCUUCUUCCCUUCUUGGUCUUGUUGAACAAGUGACCCUUUUGGAUACCUCUGGACUUCUUUCCAAUAGCAGUAAGACCUCUGGCUUCUCUGUGCUUGUGGACAGGGUUGGCGAUCCAGUUGUAUCUAGCGUCUCUUCUGAUGGCCUUGUGUUGUGGGUCAACACAAAUGACCUCGUAGUACUUGUAGGUAGAGUCCUCGUUGAUCCAGUAAGAGUUCAAGACUCUCAAGUUAGCAGCCUUUCUACCAACUCUCUCCUCGGCAGUGGAUCUCAACGACUUUUGGUACUUCAGUUGGUUGACACCCUGGUUGGUUGGCUUACCGUAAGUAGCACCCUUUGGAACAGGUCUCUUUCUGCCACCUCUUCUGACUCUGAUUCUGAAGAUGGCGAAACCUUGCUUGGCCUUGUAACCAAGUCUUCUAGCCUUGUCUGGUCUAGAUGGUCUGGAAGCUCUGUGGAUCACAGACUUCUGUCUGUACUCCCAGCAUCUGACUCUGAGAAGGAAUCUCAUGACAUCAGACUGCUUCUUUCUUUGCAACUCUUCAAGGUACUUGUAGGCUCCCAUGGUGCUAAACAAACUGCCAACGAUGCUCAAAAGAAGCUGAACAAGUCCAAGGACCAAUUGGAGAAGGAUCUGGACUCGUCUGCCAAGGACGCCAAAUCCAAGAUUGACGACCUGUCCAGUAACAUCUCCAAGAGGGUGGACGAGUUUAAGGAUGACCUUCCAGAAAAGGAGGCCAAGAUCAAGAACUACUUCAAAAAGGUGUACAACUCGGUUGUCGGAACUACUUCUAGUUUCUACACCAGUUCUGUGGAGACCGUGAAGAACAACCCAAUCACCUCUUCCCAAUUGCUCUUGGCUCUUGUCGGAACUGCAGGCGCUGUUAUCACUCUUUCCCAAGACCCAACCACCUUCGAUAGAUGGAUCUCCAAGAGAGAAAACAGGUUUCUUCUUAGUGGAAUAGCAACCACUGUGGCUGUCCUGGAUGGCUUGUUCAUUAGCUACGUCAAACAGAAGAAUUAG